UUGAUGGCUAAAAAUGUGUUCAAAUAUCUUAACAAGCAUGAUUCCAUCUGGGUUGACAUCCUUUACAACAAAUAUGGCUCUAUAAAUUUCUGGUCUAGUUCUAUACCUGCUAGUUGCUCUUGGUUCUUUAGAGGUCUGUGCUUAACUGCUUCUCAUAUUAAGCCUUUCUUGUGGAUGAAUAAGAUUAACCCUAAUUAUACCAAGUUUCUUCUGGACCCCUGGUAUUUUGAGAUUCCUAUUGUUUUAAACCUACGUAUCUUAACAUGGAUAUCCCUCUUGAGAAUUUAUGCAUCUCUGAUUGUUUAAAUGGGAACUCUUGGAAUUUGAAUAGCCUCCUAUUGAUCUUUGGUGACAACAUUAAUCUUACUCUUAUUAAGUCUAAGAGAAUCAUUGCCGAUUCCAAUAACCUGUGGGUUUGGCUUCCUCAAUCAUAUAAGCUCACCAUUCCUUCCAAGGUUUAUCACCAUCUCUGUAAUGGUGAUGCUUAUUCUGAUUCGUGGGAAGGCUGGGCUAUUUUAUGGCAUCUCAAUAUAGCUCCAAAGGUGCAAUCUCAUCUUCCAAAAUACUCCUUUGGAUUGCAUUGCCCUUUCUUCACAAGCUGUGGCCCGUGUCAGGAGUACUCUUUCAAUCAAUCCUCUGUUAUUGUCUGGAAUAUUGAAUCUGUCAAGUCUGGAGUUGGCUUUUCCAUCUCCAACUUCAACUCAAGCUUCGUUCUUGCCGGUUGCGGACCAAUGAUUGCAGAAUCCUAUAUUGUUGCUGAAGCCUGCGCCCUUCUUUUUGCGUUGCAGAGUACACUGAGUCAGAGAAUUAUAUGCAAACAGAUUUUCCUUGCUAGCUAUGAUCUAUUAGCUGCCAUAAACCAGAAUUCCCGGCUUGCUGAUUGGCGUCUUGAGACAUUGAUAGAGAAUAUUUGCUUUCAUUUGGAAGAGCUCAUGUUUCCCCAGAUCCACAUCAUUCCUCUUCGUUGGAUGAAGUCUUCUGUUGACUUGGCCAUCUUUGGUUCCAGCAAGCAUGCUCUGAUUUUGUAUCAUCAAGGAAGAGACCUUCCACAUUGGCUUAUGAAGCAUUUUGUUUAAUGCUUUAUUUAAUUUUGAAGUCUGUUUUCUUUCUUUCAGAUUCUAUGCGACCUUGUAAUUUCUAGACAGUUGUAAGUUUUUUGUUUUUUGAAUAAAUAGC